AACGAUGUCAUUUACUAUAAACCAGGAGGAAAUGUUGGGCAAGCGACUCUUGCGAGGACAUGCAAAACAUUCCAUGAACCCGCCUUGGAUGUGAUAUGGGAAGAUCUAUACUUUCCACCCCCUUAGUUUAUUACUUGCCGGACUCAAGAUCUGGAUGGGAUCAUAAGGAUCGCACAGACGCCCUGACCACUAGGGAUUGGGAGGUUAUGCAGAAAUACGUCCCGCGAAUCCGGUCUUUGAGAUUCCAUGUAGCAGCGGGACGGGGACCUCGGUGUUGCAACAUCUUGAAGGCUCUUCGACAGUCACCUGUUGCUCAACCGCCCCUCCCAAACUUGCAGCGACUUGAUUACCGCUGCUACGUUUUCAAAGACCAUCAUCUCCUGGAUAUUUUCUUCGUGCCAUCCCUGAUAGAUCUCACUAUCGAGGUUCAUCCUGCCAGCUUUCCCGAUGUCUCAUUCAUCUCACCUCUUGCCGCUUUAUGCCCCCAUUUAACAUCUUUCCGUCUUUCCGGUUACAGGUCCCACGAACCCAUCAUGGCCACUGUGUCAAAUGUCGUUAUGAGCCUUCCUCAUCUUCGGACGCUUCAUUGCGAUCAAUUCAGCCAAGCAGCGAUCACUUCGAGAGCUAUUGCUCUCUUAGUCUCUCUAGUGUUCCCGAAAGUGAAGAAAAUAGUGUGGGGUGGAUGGCGUAAAUUCGGGCAUUUGGACAAGGUGAAUGAGCACCCCGAGGUGUUCAGAUCGUUCCCAUAGAAGUCGUUGGAGUCCUUGGACUGAUUUUGUCGAUACGUGAAGGUUAGUUUUUAUCACCUAGGAUAUCGGUUAAAUGGGUUAUUAGAGUAGAAUUAUGUUGUUGGUGUUGUUACGUCCGAGAACUGUACAAU